AUGGGUAACGAUGAUACACUAAGAUUAACUUUGGGAGAGCGCAUGCUAAGUGCAGUGACAGGCUCUCUCUUGACAUCACUCACUCUAACACCAAUGGAUGUUGUCAGAGUGAGAUUACAACAACAGGGAAUGCUUCCAGAUUGUACAUGUGAAGUUGCAAUACCUUCAAAGGAUGGUUUAGUUUCAAAUGUCUCUAAGUCUACCGAUCUUCAUUCAGUGAAGAGUUCUAAAUUGAAUGUUCCAAAAUUGGGAUUCCCUAAGAGCAAUAAGUUAUUUUGGGAGAAUCCAUGUUUCCAAGAAUUAAACUGUGUUAGUUCUUCAUUAAGAUUUACAGGUACGUUAGAUGCAUUCAGAAAGAUUACAAAUAUAGAGGGUAUUACGACACUUUGGAGAGGGAUUUCUCUUAAUUUAUUGAUGGCUGUUCCCUCAAACAUCGUAUAUUUCACUGGUUAUGAACAUAUUAGGGAUAUAUCGCCUCUUUCGAAGAACCAUGAAAAUUUAAACCCUCUGGUAUGUGGCGCUUUGGCAAGAAUCCUUGCUGCUACAAGUGUGGCACCAUUAGAACUAACCAAAACUAAACUUCAAAGUAUACCUAGAGCUUCCAAAUCAACGAAAAGUUGGACGAUGGUGAAGGAUCUAGUGGAAGAAACUAGACAGGAUAUGCAAAAGAAUGGUUCGUUGAGAGCGCUUUUCAAAGGAUUGAAUAUAACACUAUGGAGGGAUGUCCCAUUUAGUGCUAUAUAUUGGGGCACCUACGAGUUUUGUAAGAAAAAUUUAUGGAUGAAAAAUGAUGUAGCAAACAAUAAUAGCACAGUAAUACAUUUUGUAAAUAGUUUUGUUAGUGGUUCAGUCAGCGGUACCCUUGCGGCAAUCAUAACACAUCCCUUUGAUGUCGGUAAGACGAGAUGGCAAAUUUCCAUGAUAACAGAAAAUUCGCAAACUCAAAGUCCUCAACACCAAAGAAAUAUGUUUAAGUUUCUUGGGACGAUUGUUGAGAAUGAAGGUACUGCUGCUUUGUUUACCGGGUUAACAGCCAGAGUUAUUAAGAUUGCACCAAGUUGUGCUAUUAUGAUAUCAAGUUACGAAAUAUCUAAGAAGAUUUUUGGAUCUGAAUGA